UCAAUGUCUCUCAACUUCUAUCCUUCAAGUAUUAAUUCACCACCAACAUUUCCUUCAUUUUCAUCGAGCAAACUCUGAAUCAGAAUCAGAAUCUAAUGGCUCAAGAUCAUGGUCUUGAUCCAAGUGAGCUUUUCAAAGCUCAAGCUCACAUAUACAAACACAUAUUCAACUAUGCAAACUCCAUGUGCUUAGCCACCGCCCUUCAACUAAACAUACCAGACAUAAUCGUCCAUCACAAAAACCCAAUAACCCUCCAACACUUAUCUUCAUCCCUCCACCUCCCACCGGAAAAAACCACCUCCCUCCAACGUCUCAUGCGUCUCCUAGUCCACUCAGGUUUCUUCUCCAAAACCAAAUUCAACGAUCAAGAAUCCUACUUACCAACUCCUUCUUCAAUCCUCUUAACUAAAAAUGGAAUCCCAAGUUUACUUCCGUUUGUUCAGGGAAUGGUUGAUCCGGUCAUGGUGAAUCCAUGGAUGAGACUUGGGGAUUGGUUUAAGGGAGAGGAGACAACACCGUUUGAGAUUGCUAAUGGAAGUACCAUGUGGGAUUAUUGUGAUAAAGACCCUGUUUUUAAUAAGAAGUUUAAUGAAGCUAUGGCAAGUGAUUCUAUGAUGAUGUCGAUGGUUGUGGGGAAAUCUGAAUCGGUUUUUUGUGGGAUUAAUUCUGUGGUUGAUGUUGGUGGGGGAACUGGGGUUGUUGCAAAGAUUAUACUUGAGGCUUUUCCAAAUAUGAAAUGUAUUGUUUUUGAUUUGCCUCAUGUUGUUGAAGGAUUAAUUCAGACUGAGAAGAUGAUGUUUGUUGGAGGUGAUAUGUUUCAAUCCUUUCCUUCUGCAGAUGCCAUUCUUUUCAAGUGUGUCCUACAUAAUUGGAGCGACGAGAAUUGUGUAAAGAUAUUGAAAAAAUGUAGAGAAGCCAUUCCAAGCAAAGACAAGGGAGGCAAGGUAAUUAUCAUUGACAUGGUUGUAGACGAAGAAAAUGAUGAAUUUGAAAUAACCGAGGCAAAACUCAUCUUCGACAUGAUAAUGAUGGUGUUAUUGACGGGAAGAGAAAGAAACAAGAAGGAAUGGGAGAAGAUCUUCUUAGAGGCCGGUUUUAGUCACUAUAAGAUUUCAUCGUUAUUUGGUUUAAGGUCUCUUAUCGAAGUUUACCCUUAAAAAUGUUUUGAAUACCUAUCUUAAACUUUUAGUUGAUUGAAUAAUAAAAUCAUGCUUAAACAAAGGGAUUAUACUCAUUCCCAAAAUUAAGGCUUAAAUUAAUAAAAAUUUGAGAAAAAAAAAAUGUUAAAAGGGCAAAUUGAGAUCAUCAUGAGAAGUUCGUUCAAUUGGAGAAGCAAACACAAAGAGUAAAAGAAACUUCCUUACUCCAUCAUUUGCUCAAAAGGAAAGCAAACCAACACUU